UACUGUAGCCCCAGCCUGCAGUACGUGUCCCAGUAUCAGCCAUGGCCAUGCUGAGAGUGUCGUCCUACCGCCGGCAGUUUGAGGAGCAGUGGAGUCGGAAUGGACGGUCAGGCGGAGGCUGUGGAGGGCAGUACCGCUCCUCAGCGGUCAAGGCCAGGGGUGCGGCUGCUGAGGAGUGUACGUGUGUCCAGCUGGACUUUGUGGCUGCCAAGAUGCUCAAUAAGGAGAGUCUGGUCCGAUUCGCUAAAGACCGCAGCAUCAUUGCCGCCCUAAAUGAUCGCUUUGUCGCCCUCAUCAACAUGGCACGCUGCUUUGAGGAGGACAAUGAGUCUCUGGAGGCCCAGAUCUGUGAGCUGGAGGAGAGGAUGACCGGCCAACAGACCACCACCACUACCAUAGCUGUCCCAGAAUACAGCCUGGACGCCGUGAUGGAGAGACUGCGCAAGGAGAGGGACCAGAGCCUGUUUGAUGUGGAGGAGCUGAGGAGAGAGCUGGAGUGUCUGCAGGAGCAGUAUGAGGAGACCGUUCAGCAGAGGACCCUCGUCCAACUGGAACAGGAAGACGUUGGCCUGGAAGUGGAUGUAGUGACCACAGACUGUCUGGCCCUGAGGGAGCAGGUGAACAUCUAUGAGGAACAACUGGCUCACAUGGAGGCACAGCAUGAGACGACGGUUCAGAACAUGGUGGCCCAUGUAGAGGGUCCAGCUGCAGCAGGGAGAGGUGUCCUGGAGUUCUGCAACCCUGACAUCAAGUCAGCCCUCAUAGAUAUUAAGGAGAACUACAGCCAGCUGGCUGAGACCAUCCAGUGUGAGUGCAGGGAAACUGGUGCGGUUGUUGCUGGUGCUGUUGUUGCCAUUGGAGCUGGAAAGGAGCUGACGGUGGCCAGACCUGCGGGGGUCACAGGCGUUGGCCAGAUAACGGACGUCAGCGAACUGAAGAAACUGAUUGCAGAGCUUGAAAAGGAGCUUGCAGAGCUGGAGAAGUGUGGUGAGGAACUGGAAGAUGAGAUUGAGAUGAAGAGAGAAGCAUAUGUGGAGGAGAUCUUUGAGCUGGAGUGUCGUCUUGAGGAGAUGCGGAGACAGCAGAAUGAACUGCAGGUCCAGAUGACGGAACAAUGUGAUGACUACGAGGAGCUGCUGGGUCAGAAGAUGGCCCGGGAAAUCGAGAUCGCUGCCUACAGAGGUUUGGUGGAAGAGGAGGAUGAGAGGCUUUGCUACCUAUGAGAGGAACCGAUGCAGACCAGACCAACCAACCUGCUUUCGGCGAUGGAUAUCCUCCCAUACAGAUUUCAUGCGUUGCCAAAACACAACAGACAUUAGAGAUCACAUGAAGCUAACCGCCACACAACCAUUUGAGCAGAUGUAAAAGUAUCAUGACA